AUGUAUCCACCAAACCCUACAGGUGCAUUGUCUGUGUCCGACUUUCCUGCCGCCUCUUCCGCAUUGAAGCUUGCUGUGGAGUAUGUGAACGAGAAUCAGCUCGUUCCCAACGUGACUCUUGAGUACAUCGAGAACACAACAACGGCACUGGCUUUCCUGGACUUGAUCCAACAUGAAUGUUACCAGGCAUCGCAUGGCGUCGUGGCUAUUAUGGGGCCAAUUUUAUCGUCACAGGUAAAAGCCACUAGUUCUGUGAGCACUGGACUGUCCUUACCACAGAUCGCCCCUGAAGCGACCGACCCCACCUUAGGGAACGCCCAGCAGUACCCACAGCUGGUCCGCAUCUCCUGGCCAGACAGCGUGCUCAGCAAGGCUUUCUUCGACCUGCUGGAGCAUUUCAGUUGGGACCAGAUGAGCAUCUUCGUCUCCAACGAUGACUAUGGCACACAUGGAUUCAUGGAGUUUCAGAAAAUAGCAGGACAGAACGGAUGGCGUAUUCACACCAUACAGUCGUUCGACCCGACAGAGGAUGCAACAGACAUUCAGGUUCAUGAACAAUUGAAGGCCAUCAAAGGCACAGGUACAAGUAUGCUGAAAAGAGCCAGAAUCAUUGUCCUUCACUGCCUGGCAUCAUACGCAGCUGAGAUCUUACGAGUAGCCAGCACCAUGGACAUGACAGGAGCCGGCUGGGCCUGGGUGGUCAGCGAUGGCAUAACCGGACUCGAUCUUUUUGAAGUAAACAAUGGGACGGUGGCUGUUCCUGAAUACCUUCGAGGCCUUGUGGGACCGAUUCCUCCUUCUACCAACGGCGGGCACAGUGAGGGAUUCAUGGCGAAGUGGAGGGCGGCAGACCCGGCAGUGUACCCGGGAGCAGGGCUGCUGGAUAUCGGGCCGUACACCGCCCGAUGGGCAGACGCGGUCCUGGCUCUCGCACAAGCCUUACGGAACCUUCAGGAAGACGGCGUCACGGUGACUCCCCAGCCUCUGGACUGUGGCUGCGACGGAAGCGACUCACAACCAUGGACGGACGGGCCAACGAUGCUGCAUUAUCUGAAACAAGUACAAACAGAUGGAGUGACUGGGUACAUUCAUUUUGACUCUGUGGGAGCCCGAGUGGACGCACAGUACAACAUCGUCAAUCUGAAAAGCAAUGGUUGGCAGAAGGUUGGCACUUGGAAUCUAUCUGCAGGGUUAAACAUUAACCCAGACGCAGAUGUAAAAUUCAUGGGCGGAUCAGCCCAAGUCAAGCCCUACGUGUCUGACUUGAGCAACAGAACACUUCGCGUGGUCACCAUCGCUGCAGACGGCUUCGUGCUCAUAUCAGACGUGGACAAAAACGGAAAUAACGUAACGAGGAACGACAGAUUCCAGGGAUUUUGUAUGGAUCUGUUCUCAUGGCUUUCCACUGAACUCGGGUUCAAGUACGAGUACUACGAAGUCGAAGAUGGACAGUACGGCAUUUAUAACUCUCAAACAGGGCAAUGGAACGGGAUGAUCGGCGAUGUUUUGAACGGGAAAGCAGACAUCGCCCUGGCCCCUUUAUCCAUUACUUCAGAAAGACAAACAGUUGGGGAUUUCACACUUCCAUACUACGACAACGGAAUCGCAUUCGCCAUGAAGAAAUCAGAAUCGAAGACUUCAAACACCUGGGGCUUCAUCAGUCCGUUCCAGGGAGAACUGUGGGCUACCAUACUGCUGACGGCUUUGGCGGUGGGACUCUUUCAGGGCGUGGCCAACUUCGCAACAAAGGACAUAGACCCUGAAGGUGAUGCAUCUGAAGACAAAGCCGAGGCAAGGGAAACAGGUUUCUGGGAGGCUGUGUGGCAGUCAUUUGUGGCUCUGGUGCAGCUGGGUCCGGAGUUCCUACCAAGGUCAUUAUCAGGCCGUGUUUCUGCGUUCUUCUGGGGAAUCGGCAUCCUUGUGGCCAUCUCGACUUACACCGCCAACCUGGCCGCUUUCCUGACCAUAAGGAACGUGGACAACUCCAUCAGCUCUGCCGAGGACCUUCUUGGACAGACGGAAAUCUCCUACGGUACUAUAAGUACCUAUGCGACGUGGGUGUCCUUCAAGACCACUACAUCUGAACCGUACCAAUCACUGGCAGCCACUAUGCAGGCUAAGGCAGAGUCAGUUCUGGUGAAGAACCUAUGGGACGGUCUUGACAAGAUGCGUCAGGGGAAAUAUGCAUUAUUCACCGACAGCGCUGAGCUGGACUACCACGCCAGUCGUCAGCCCUGUGACCUACAGACCAUCGGGCGGCUGUUCUGGCAGACAGGGUACGGGAUGUUCCUACCGAAGAACUCCAAGUACACCGUGGAGUUCAACAAAGUCAUUGUUGCCGCCAAAGAACGAGGUGUAUUCGACGAUUUGGACACCAAGUGGUGA